AGAAUCACCACUCGCCACCCUUUUAAAGCUCAGCCGUGUCCGUCGUCACCAUUCAUCAAUCACUCAACCAUCGAAGCGAAGAAAUGUCGGUAAAGGAACGGCGAAUUCUGGUGGCGGUGGACGAAGGAGAGGAGAGCAUGCACGCUCUCUCAUGGUGCCUCAACAAUCUGGUCCACCCAAACUCCGACGACACCCUCAUUCUCCUCUACUCCAAGCCCCCUCGUCCUGUUUACGCCGCCUUAGAUGGCCCCGGUGGAUAUCUGUUUGCUGCCGAUGUAUCUGCGGCCAUUGAGAGGUACAGCGACCAAGUGGCGGAGAGUGUCAUGGAGAAGGCCAAGAAAUUGUGUGCAAGUCUGCAGCAGCAGGUGAAGGUGGAGACGAAGGUGGAGAAUGGGGACCCGAGGGACGUGAUCUGUGAGGCGGCGGAGAAGUUGGGUGUGGACGUGCUGGUGAUGGGAAGCCAUGGCUAUGGCGUCAUAAAGAGGGCUUUCCUUGGGAGUGUCAGCAACCAUUGCGCUCAGAAAGCCAAGUGCCCUGUUCUCAUAGUCAAGAAGCCUAAAUCAUAAUUUGCUUCCUUCUUCUUUUCAAUGCCUUGGCUUGUAAAUAUCUGAUAUCUCGUGUUGUGCUUGUAUCUUUUGUUCUUCUUCCAAUCUAGCUUCAUUUCCAAA